AUGCUGAUUAUUGUACUGGUACUGUUGACUGUGAAAAGUGUGACAGCUGAUGGCGAAGAUAUCCAUCAAACGGACGCUAAUGGCAAUGUCAUUGAAAAGGGAUCAACUGCAUACCAGGGUGAUGCUGACGAUAUCAGCGCCCUCGUAGAUAGUAAAGGACGUAUUCGUAUCAAAGUGGGACACAUUGGUGCAUUGAACGCCCUACGCAACGACGCUGUGGUUUUGGAACUGUCUCGGAGAUCGCUCCGUAAUGAGGGACUUCUUGACGAUAAUUUCGAUGUCGAGCUUGUAUCACAAAAUGGUUGUGGUGAAUCGUAUGAAGGUGUCGCCGUGGCCGCCGACAUGUAUCAUCUGCAGAAAGUGAAAGUUUUCAUUGGCCCUUACUGCGAUGCAGGUACGUGUUUCUUGAUAAUAAUGUACAGUGGAUAUUGGGAGAGAACGUUCAUGGGUGUGCACGCAGUUCUCAGUAGUGCUUAG